CCUCUCAACUUCCAACCAAGUAACCCUGGUUAAACUUUAACCCUGGUUGAUUUGUUUCGCACUUUGCAGUUACAACUUAGGAAGAAAGAAAGAGUGAGUUCGGAGUUAGAGAACAUAAGCCUGUUUGUUCAUUCACACACUUCUCUCUUUCUCCCAAACUCUGAAACCUGUUUUUUUUUCUUUGUUCAUUUUAAGAAUAGGUUCACUGAGAAAACUGAAAAAUCCCUUUUAUCUUCCUUUUUUUUAUUAUCUGGUGGACGUGUUUUUUUUCCUUAGAGACAUAGACACCCAUUUGAUAACUUGAACACUGGGUGUGCUCAUAAUGUUGUCUCUUGUUGAGUUGUUACUCCUUUGGACAGUUUUUAGGUUUUUUUGAUUUUCGGGAACCCCAGGUUGAAAUUCUGCGAGAUCUGAGGUUUCUGGAUUUGGGCUUUGAGAAAGUUGAGAUUUUGUUGGGUUUUGGGAUGAAGAUUGAGGUGGGGUUGGGAGGGGUGUGGAAUGAGGAAGAGAAAGCGACGGUGGUGGAGGUUCUGGGUCGCGGCGCGUUUGAUUACUUGGUGGCGAAUUCGGUUUCUAACGAGAAUCUGUUAAUGGCGUUUGGGAGCGGCGAGAAUCUGCAGAACAAGCUUUCGGAUCUCGUGGAGCGUACUAACGCGUCGAACUUCAGUUGGAACUACGCGAUCUUCUGGCAAAUUUCGCAGUCCAAGUUUGGGGAUUGGGUUUUGGGGUGGGGAGAUGGUUGUUGCAGGGAACCGCGGGAGGGAGAAGAGAGCGGAGAAGUGAGAGGGAGAGGGGUUGUUGCUGACGACGAGAAGGUGCAGAGGAUGAGGAAGAGGGUGUUGCAGAAGCUGCACAUGACUUUUGGGGGUUCUGACGAGGACAAUUAUGCUUUUGGGUUGGACCGUGUUACUGACACGGAGAUGUUCUUUCUUGCUUCCAUGUACUUCUCUUUUCCCCGUGGACUAGGGGGUCCAGGUAAGUGUUUUGCUUCUGGGAAGCAUUUGUGGCUUUCGGAUGUGUUCAAAUCUAGUUUUGAUUACUGUGUGAGGUCUUUUUUGGCCAAAUCUGCUGGAAUUCAGACUGUUGUUUUAGUGCCUACUGAUAUGGGGGUGGUGGAGAUGGGGUCUGUGAGGAUGGUGGGUGAGAGUUUUGAGCUUUUGCAGGCUUUGAAGUCUGUGUUUUCUGCACAGGCAUCGUUGGUCCCUCUCAGGAUUAAGCCAAUUACACCAUUUGAUUUGGUGAGUGAGAAGAGAGAUGAUAAUGCAAAUGCCCCUUUUUCUGGUGUGGCAAUUGGGGAUAAGGAAAAGAAUAACAGCAGCAAUGCUAGUAAUAAUAGAGUAGAAGGAAACGGAGUUCCAAAGAUUUUUGGGCAAGAUUUGAACAGUGUGACUCAAUUCAGAGAGAAACUUGCUGUGAGGAAAAUGGAAGAGAGGCCGAGGGCGUGGGGAGCUCAUCCCAAUGGGAAUAGUGUUGGUUUUCCAAAUGGUAUCCAUGGUUCUGGUUGGGGGGCCGGUCAAGUUGUGAGACAGCUUGGUCCUCCUGAAAUUCAUGCUCCUAGGUUGUCCACCUCCGGUGCAUUGUCGGUGCCGGAGCUGGCCAAUGGCACGAGGCAUGAUUUUGUGCAUAACAAUUAUCAGCACCAGCAACAGCAACGGAAGGCUCAGAUGCAAAUUGAUUUCUCAGGAGCAACUUCAAGGGCUUCAGGGAGAUCAAUCAUUGCGGAAUCUGAGAUUUCUGAUGUUGAGGCAUCGUGCAAGGAGGAGAGAACGAAUGUUGCCGAUGACAGGAGGCCGAGGAAACGGGGAAGGAAGCCGGCCAAUGGAAGGGAGGAGCCCCUCAACCAUGUGGAGGCAGAGAGGCAAAGGAGGGAGAAGCUAAACCAGCGGUUCUAUGCCCUGCGUGCGGUUGUUCCAAAUAUCUCAAAGAUGGACAAAGCAUCUCUAUUGGGAGAUGCUAUUGCUUACAUCAAUGAACUUCAAGCGAAACUCAAGACGAUGGAGUCUGAGAGAGAGAGAUUUGGAAGCACCUCUAUGGAUGGAUCAGUGGUGGAGGCCAAUGCAAGAUCAGAAAAUCAUAGUUAUGGAAUUUCUGAUGUGAAUGUUGAAGCUGCACAAGAUGGGGUGGUAGUAAAGGUGAGCUGCCCUAUUGAUGUUCACCCGGUUUCAAAAGUCAUUCAAACCUUCAAAGAAGCAGAUAUUGGUGUUGUUGAUUCAAAACUUACUGCUGCAAAUGAUACUGUUUUCCAUACAUUUGUAGUUAAAUCUCAGGGACCUGAUCAGCUGACCAAGGAAAAGUUGAUUGCAUUGUUUUCCAAAGAAUCCAACCCCAUACAGACAUUGUGAUAUGGAGAAUUGCAAUUAACAUAGUCCAUAGCAUGAUACACAUAGAAGAGCCAAAUAUCUUCAUUGUCUUCAGAAAUUUUGUUAUACUAUAGAGAAUCUUAAAGUAAAGCAGUGGGAACUAGUAAAGUAGAAUUACAGCUUCUAUUAACCCUCUAGGGCAGUCAAUUUAUGUUUGUCUAUAAUAUACACAGUUUAUCAUAAGAACUAUCAUUCCUGUUAUGUCAAUUAUUUUGUUUAGUUUAACAGAA